UAAAGUUUCAAAGACGGGUCUUAUUGUCUUUUUGUCCCCAUGAGCUUACUCUGAACCAAACUAAAAAAAUCAGAAAUUUGAAAAAAACCCCACACAAAAAAAAAGUCAGAUAUUGAUGCUUCGUUUAAAAUAGGAUUUAGUUGUUUUGUUCCAACGCAUCAAUCAAUUCAAUAUUUCUUCACUUGAGUCUUUGUGCCUGAAAACCCCCUUCUUCCCCUAAUUUCCGACUUCGGCAAUUUUUCUUUCAUCUCCCAAAUUCUUCUGCUUCGAGCUGCCUAGACAUUUCAAUCUCCAUAAAGAAACGUUUGUUGGGUUCCUUGGAUUUGAUGGAUACCAAUAAUUGGAGGCCUCCUCAAGUUGGAGAGGCCCCCAUGGAUGCAGGCGAUUGGAGGAGUCAACUGCAGCCAGAUUCAAGGCAAAGAAUUGUAAACAAGAUAAUGGAUACAUUGAAGAGGCAUCUCCCUUUCUCUGGUCAUGAGGGAUUACAGGAGCUCAAGAAAAUUGCUGUAAGGUUUGAGGAAAAGAUUUAUACUGCUGCCACAAGCCAGUCAGAUUACCUACGGAAGAUUAGUCUGAAGAUGCUAACAAUGGAGACCAAGUCUCAGAACACAAUGGCCAAUUCUUUACAAUCCAACUCUGCUGGUAAUAGCAACAGGCCCCACGAUCCAGGGUCUUUUGGUAUGCAACCCCAAGUCCCCAAUCAAGGGCAAUCGCUCUCUAUGCCGUUGCCAGCUAAUCAACCUGUGGCACGUCAACAACUCUUAUCACAGAACAUUCAGAAUAACAUUCCAGCUGCUGGAGUUCAAAGUUCUGCUGGCUUAUCAUCUGCUCUACCUCCUUCAUCCGGUUUAACCCAGACUCCUAUUCCAAGUAUUGUUGGGCAAAAUCAAAACAUGCAGAAUAUGGGCCAGGGGGUACCCUCCAAUAUGUUUGCUACUUCUCAAAGGCAAUUGCCAGGAAGGCAACAGGUAGUUCCACAACAGCAGCAGCAGCAGCAGCAGCAAUCCCAGAAUUCCCAGCAGUAUAUGUACCAACAGUUGCAACAUCCACUUUUGAAGCCCAAAUAUCAGCAGGGAAAUAUCCCACAACUUGUCCAACAGCAGCAACAGCAGCCGAACCUAUUACAACCAACUCAGUUGCAGUCUUCUCAGCAACCUGUUAUGCAAACAUCAUCUGUUAUUCAACCUUCUAUGGUGCAAUCAUCUCUCUCUAGUCUUCAGCAGAAUCAACAAUCUGCAAUUCAACAGUCAACACCAUCUAUGCUUCAGCAGCAUCCACAGUCAGUUCUCAGACAGCCUCAACAACAACAGGCCUCUGUUGUUCACCAACAGCAAACAUCAAUGCCACAACAGCCAAUAUUACCCCCACAGCAGCAGCAACAGCAGCAGCUUAUGGUGCAACAGUCAAAUGCUACAAGCUUGUCGCAGAAUCAGCUAAUCGGACAACAAAACAAUGUUGGGGAUAUGCAGCAGCAACAGCAACAACAGAGGUUACUGAGCCAGCAGAAUAACAUUUUAAACCUUCAACAACAGCAGCAGCAGCAACAACAGCAACAGCAGCAACAACAGCAGCAGCAGUUAAUGGCUCAGCAAAGCAACCUUUCGAAUAUGCAUCAGCCACAGUUGGGCCCUCAGAGUAAUGUUACUGGGUUACAGCAACAGCAGCACCUUGGAACUCAAAGUGGUAACUCAAGCAUGCAAACUAAUCAGCACUCUGUACACUUGUUGCAACAAUCCAAGGGUCAAGGGCAGCAACAACAACAUCAGAGUUCAUCUAACUUGUUACCCACUCAAGGACAGCAGUCACAACCUCAGGCAUCACAGCAACAAUUGUUGUCACAAAUUCAGUCACAGCCUACACAGAUGCAGCAAUUGGGUUUGCAACAGCAGUCAAAUCCACUGCAACGAGAUAUGCAGCAAAGACUUCAAGCCUCAGGCCAGGUUCCUGGAACCAUGCUGCAACCACAAAACGUAAUGGAUCAGCAAAAGCAGUUAUAUCAAUCUCAAAGACCCCUUCCUGAGACAUCAUCGACAUCUCUAGAUUCCACUGCCCAGACUGGACAUGCAACUGGGGGUGAUUGGCAAGAGGAGGUAUUUCAAAAAAUCAAAGUCAUGAAGGAGAUGUACUUACCCGAACUAAGUGAAAUGUAUCAGAAAAUUGCUACUAAACUUCAGCAGCAUGAUUCGCUUCCACAACAACCAAAAUCAGAGCAGCUUGACAAACUGAAAAUGUUCAGGACCAUGUUAGAGCGCCUCAUAUCAGUCUUACAGAUUUCCAAAAGUAACAUUUCACCUGGUUUGAAGGAGAAGUUGCUUUUAUACGAAAAGCAGAUAGUAAAUUUUAUUAAUACAAAUAGACCUAGGAAGCCAGUUUCUUCUCUGCAGCAAGGGCAGCUCCCCCCACCCCAUAUGCACUCCAUGCAGCAGUCACAAUCUCAAAUUACUCAAGUGCAAUCUCAUGAAAAUCAAAUGAACCCACAGUUGCAAUCAAUGAACUUGCAAGGUUCUGUGGCACCAAUGCAGCCGAGCAAUAUGACAAGCUUGCAGCAAAGUUCUAUGUCGGCUUUAUCUGGGGUUUCAACAGCACAGCAGAACAUGAUGAAUUCAUUGCCACCUAGUUCCAGCAUGGAUUCAGGACAAGGGAAUGCACUGAACUCAUUGCAGCAGGUUCCUGUGGGAAGUAACCAGCAAACUCCUGUCAGUGCUCCCCAACAAGCAAAUAUGAAUGCCUUGUCAUCACAGAGUGGGGUUAAUAUGCUACAGGCAAACAUGAAUUCCAUUCAGUCAAAUUCUGGUAUGCUUCAACACCAGCAUUUGAAACAACAGCAGGAACAUCAAAUGUUUCAGAAUCAACUCAAGCAACAAUUUCAACAUCGACAGAUGCAGCAGCAAUUGAUGCAGAAGCAGCAGUUACUGCAACAUCAACAGCAGCAGCAGCAGCAGCAGCAGCAGCAGUUACAACUGCAAGCAAAGCAGCAGCUUCCAGCACAGUUGCAGGCGCACCAACAGCAAAUUCCACAGCUUCAUCAAAUGAAUGACGUAAAUGACUUGAAGAUGAGACAGGGGAUGGGUGUAAAGCCAGGGGUUUUUCAGCAACAUCUCUCUGCAGGCCAGCGUGCUUAUCCUCAUCCGCCGUUGAAAUCAGGAUCUCCAUUUCCUACAAACCAACUCCUUCAGGCUGCAUCUCCACAAAUUUCGCAGCAUUCUUCUCCCCAAGUUGACCAGCAAAAUUUACUGACUCACCCAAAAGCUGGAACCCCAUUGCAAACUGCUAGUUCACCUUUUGUCAUCCCGUCUCCAUCAACUCCCAUGGCCCCGUCCCCUAUGCCAGGGGAUUCUGAGAAACCUUCCUCACUCUCAAAUGCUGGGAAUGUCGGACAUCAACAAACAACUGGUGUCGGAGCGCAGGUCCAGUCCCUUGCCAUUGGUACCCCUGGGAUAUCAGCCUCUCCUUUGCUUGCUGAAUUUAGCGUACCAGAUACUCAUGUUAAUGCUUUGUCAACUAUUUCUGGCAAGUCAAGUGUUACAGAGCAGCCUCUUGAACGCUUAAUUAAAGCGGUGAAAUCGAUGUCACCAAAUGCAUUAAGUGCCUCUGUCAGUGACAUUGGCUCCGUAGUCAGUAUGAUUGAUAGGAUAGCAGGGUCAGCACCAGGUAAUGGAUCCAGAGCUGCAGUUGGUGAGGAUUUAGUUGCCAUGACAAAGUGUCGUCUGCAAGCAAGAAAUGUUAUGACUCAUGAUGGAACAAAUGGGACUAGGAAAAUGAGGCGCUACACUAGUGCCGUGCCCUUAAAUGUGGUGUCAUCAGCUGGCAGCAUGAAUGAUAGUUUUAAGCAGUUGACCAGUUCAGAGACAUCUGAUCUGGAGUCAACUGCAACAUCUCGUAUCAAGAGGCCAAGGAUUGAGGCUAAUCAUGCUCUUUUGGAAGAAAUAAGAGAAAUAAAUCGGCGGCUUAUCGACACAGUUGUUAAUAUCAGUGAUGAAGAUGUUGAUCCUAGUGCAGCCGCUGCUGAAGGGGGUGAGGGAACCAUUGUCAAGUGCUCGUUUGAUGCUGUGGCUCUCAGUCCAAACUUGAAAUCGCAGUACGCGUCAGCACAAAUGUCACCAAUUCAGCCAUUAAGACUGCUUGUUCCCAUGAAUUAUCCCAACUGCUCUCCAAUACUCUUGGACAAGUUUCCAGUCGAAGUCAGUAAGGAGUAUGAAGAUCUUUCUGUAAAGGCAAAGUCAAAGUUUAGCAUCUCUCUACGAAGCAUUUCACAACCCAUGUCCCUUGGUGAGAUAGCAAGGACUUGGGAUGUUUGUGCACGUGCAGUUAUUUCCGAGCAUGCGCAGCAGAGUGGUGGAGGCAGUUUUAGCUCGAAGUAUGGGACAUGGGAGAACUGCUUGAGUGCUGCUUGAUAAUCCUUCUUCAGACCUGGAAUAAGCCGUGAUGCAUAAUUUAUCUACUGCUGUUUUGCUGCAAUGAUGAAGCAAUUUUUGGAUGGUCUAUAGGUUAAGGCGUGUAUAGGAGGAACUUGUUAUGUUUUGUAUAUGGCCAGAUUUUCCAAAGUGAAUAAUGUUGGGGGUUGUUCUUGUUGGAUUUAUCCUAGGUAACAUAUGUGUGUUGUAGUUUGGAUACUGUAAAUCAUCUGUGAUCUGUGUCUUUUUCGUUGGGUUGAAAAUGCCCCAUUAUAUGCAGUAUUCUGCUGUCUGUUUGUGACAAAUUGUAUCAAUAUUCCCAUCCCCUUCUCCUGGUGGUUCUAUAAGAUGGAUAUCCCUGGAGAAAUAAGAAGAAUUUCAUCUGAGUGAGGACCUUCUUGUGGUCAGAUCGGAUGGACUCGAUCCGAUCUGUCCGGGCUUGGGGCUGGGGUUGGGGCCAGGUACAUAUGUGCUGGGGUGGGCAGAGGACGUUUUGGAGUCCGUGUAGCACUUGAUAACAAAAUUUGGAACACCUUCUCUUCUAUCUGAAUCA